AUGAAAAAUCCAUUAGAACAAAACAAUAACAGUAAAAGGGAUCAAGAUUUGUCAGUUGAAGACGAAAGAGAAAAGCAAGAGUGGAAGAGUCUUCUAAAAAGCUUUUCCUUUAACAAUCCACUUCAGGGACUCGACGAGACUUUGUGGAAGGAAAAAAGAAAGAAAAAGGAAAAAGAUUCACCAAGUUCUUCUUUGGAACUAGCUGCUGACAUUACCAUCCUGAAAACAAUGAUGUCACAAUAUCUUUUGGCAUGUUUUGAUGCUUUUACGGAUGACAGGAAAGGGAAUUUUAUCAUGAAAUAUUUCCACUUAGAGAAGCUUCAAACAAGCAAAAGGGGUGGAAGUUCUUAUCCAAGCUGCGAUAUUUCGACAAUGAGAAACAACAAUAAAAUUUUGGAUAUCGAAAAGACAAAUGUGACGCCCGUGUUGGGUGUUGAUUGUUUUAUUUUAGAGAAGGAAAGAGCGGAUACGUCCUUGCUUAGCUUAAAUGUUUUAAUAAAAUUUUCUGUACGUCAUAUGGGUAAUUGCGAAUGUGAAGCGUAUUUCUUAAAGGCUUUAAAUUGGGCUGGCACAACUGGUACAAGUGAAGAGACGACGAAGAGAAAAAAAACCCCUGGAGACUAG